CAGAACCGUUAAAACUACUGCUCGUAAGAAUUUUUCCUGAAAAAGUGCCGGUUAAUUUAGAAAUUUCACUGCCGAUCGCUUGGGAUUAUUAUUUAAUAGUGUAUAUAAAAUAUCGGGCAGCGACCAUGCCGAUCUCCUGCAGAUUUUUGCUUUUAUUUCUUUGUAGUUUAUUUUAUUCGUCGCACGGUCAGAUGAACUACGCCGCGAUCCCGGCGCAGGGCUACGGCAGCCAGCUGCAGUCGCCCUUCCUGUCGACCGGCAACACCUUCCAGCCACAGCUGACCGGCCAGGCCAGCGGUCUCCAGCCGUCCCUGUACACCGGCGGCGGGUACGCCCCCGCCUCCUUCCAGUCGGUCCCCGGGAGUUUCGGGCAGAUGCAGCCGCAGCUCGGCACCAUGGGCAUGCAGCCGGCCCUCGGCAUGGGCUACCCGCAGCAGACCGUCAACAUGGGCUUCCCCACCCUCACCGCUCGCCAACUUCAAACCGGAGACAUGACCAACACCAACGCAGCGACCGGUGCUAAUCAAGUGCCAACCGCCUCAGUCGCCGGCAACAUUCCGAAUCAGAACGCCAUGACCACAGCCGGCAUGCAGAACCCCAACCAGCUGCAGACGCCGAUGGCCGCGCAGAGCCAAGCCGUUCCCAUGAUCCUGCAGCCCAGCGGUAAUAUUGUGCAGCCUAUGACCACCGGCAUGACCGGCUACAGUCCCUACGCCGGCGCCGGCAACAUGAUGACGCUGCCCGCCCAGGCCAGCGGUCUCGGCGCCACCUUCCCCGGCUACACCAACACGCUGAUGCAGGGUUAA